AUGUUAACUGUCAUUGAAAACACAUUUGAAACGAUUCAUUGUGUAAUAUCAGCCAAUCCGCCGGCAUUAGCAAAUAUUGAAUGGUAUAAAAAUGAUCAAUUAAUUAGAGGGGAAAAUCAAGAACAAUUGAAGUUGAAUUUUACACGAUUAGAAAACAUACAGAGAUUAACUUGUAAAACACGAAAUACUGUUGGACAAUCGGAAGCAAGCGUCAAUGUCGAUAUACUCUAUAAACCGAAGUUAUCCAUGAUUGAACAUAUCACAUUGAAUCAAGGAGAGAAACUUGUUUUGAGAUGUUUGAUUGAUUCGAAUCCAUUCUGUCAUCAGAUUCGUUGGUUGCACAAUCAAAAAGAAGUUCUCACUCAACCGUGUUCAUUAAUGAACCGAACACAAACGGUAUCCGAAUAUGUCAUACCGCACGUUUAUCGAAUACAUUCAGGAAAGUACACAUGCGAAGUAAAAAAUUGGUUGAAUACGGGAAGUAAUAAUCGAUACGAAGCAACGACAGCAGUGUCUACGGAUGUACGAAUACAAUAUGCUCCAUUUAUAUUAAAUUCGAUAAAGAAACUAGCGGUUGUCGAAAAUCAAGAUAUCAUCACAGCGUGUGUGGUUGAUGCAUAUCCGAAGGCAGAUAUAACUUGGUUUGGACCAUCUGAACAGCGUUUAAGUUCAUUCGCCGACGAGAAAAUGCUCAAUUUAACAGUAAUUUCAUCAAAAUUACAUUUACCACCAUCUUAUUCAACAAUGCUCGGCACGUAUCGAUGUAUAGCCAAGAAUCAAUACGGUCAACAUGAGUUUUCGAUGCAUUUUCAACGACCUGGUCUGCCAGAUCCACCCACUCAACUACAAGCAAUAAAUAUCACGCAUGCUUCAUUUAUUCUUACUUGGCAAGCGGCUUACGACGGUGGCUCGAAUUUAAUAUAUCAUAUUAGUUUAAGUGGAAAUCGUUCGGAGGAAAGACAAACAAAUUUGAAUUCCAUUAGAUUCACAGAUUUAAAUGAAAAUUCGCGUUAUUUUGUUAAAAUUCGUUCGCAAAACACUCUGGGAUUCAGUGAUUAUUCGACGAGUAUAGUUAUCUCAACAACCGAAUAUCCAUUCGCUCCGGAUGAGUUUCCAACGAUUCAACGAGCUUAUUAUACCGUUGAUGGCCGUCGAAUACGUUUUCAUUUGAGUGAGAUUCGUUCACCGUUGAUUACUAAAGAUCAACUAUGCAUUCAACAUUAUCAUAUUCCAUCAUCGACCGUGGAAACAACUGAUGAGUAUCCAUCAUGUAUACCAUUGAAUUCUCUUCAACCGUCGAACGAUGAACUUGAGAUAACAACUGAGGAGAACAACGUACGUUUGAAACUGUGUUUGAUCAAUCAAACGGACAUUUGCUCAAAAUCUGUGUCAAUUCCAACCGGUGUGGGCUUAUCGAAUGAUUCAUCUGAGUUAAUUUUGAUAUUGAUUGGUGCUAUUUUGGGUUUGUGUUUCGUCGCCGCUCUGAUUGGUUUGUUCGUUUGUAUUCAACAACGAAGGCGGCAAACGAAAUCGAAAAGUGGAUCAACUGAUACAUUGAAGCCAAAUUCGAACGGAAACCAUAUUGACAACUUUCAUGCAACACCUGUUCGAGUCGUUGACACCAAUUCAUGUCUGUAUUAUCCAACACAAACACCAACGAUGAAUGAAGUUCGAGCGCACAAUAGUGGCUUGUUUUACAAUCCAGAACUCCCAAACAGUAUCUAUACAAUUCAAGAAAAGAAAAAUUCAAUGUGUUUUGAUUCCGGUAUGCCAUCAACAACUUCUGACAAUUCCGACUCGGCUUGUUCACAAGUAUUAUCUUCAUCCGACAUCGACGGACAUAUAGCGAAUGGGUUCUACGAUCGUUCAGAUGGAGAACAUCUCGUCAAUGGAAGACUAUCGUCUAAAAAAGUUCUUCUACCUGAUAUUCAUCAUUUGUUUCUGGGAAAAUACAACGGAGUGACUGAUAUUCCACCAUACACAGUGGGCGAAAAUCAUUCAACGUUGCGAAUAUCAUCGGAAGAAGAAAGCGGAUUUUCCACACCAACGAAACCUCAUCAUGGAAAGAAGCUUGUUUAUGAAGUUGUUGUUUGA